CCGCGGUGUUGUUGAGACAGUCGGUUGCUUGGCAACAUUACUUCGUGAAAGAUUUUUUCCGCUCGUAGAAUCCUCUAAGUUUGCUUGUUUCUCUUAUGUACCUAAAAGCUUUUUUUAUGUAAAGUACGGUAGUGGCUGUCAGACAUUGCUAAAUUCGGCUGUAGCGGGAGUGAAAACAGUCAUGAUUCAUGGAUGUGGUUUAACUUCGUGAAAACCGCGGGCUGAAAAAGUGAUAAACCUGGAUUUAACGAACGUUAACGUCAGAAAUAUCAGGAAACCUGUUGUGUGCUGCAGACGGACAUUGUAACAUCGUUAACGUUACUGCUAUGUGCGCUGUUGUGUUGGAGCUAACGUUACGGUAACUUGAGGGUAUACCGUUAACGUUAGUUAAUGGCAAAGGGAGAGCAGCUAAGUUAAGAUGCCUGUGAGAAAUUCCACCCUCGACACCUUACCUGCAGAGAAAACAUCAGCGAUGGCUGUCUCUGCCAUCAGGAAUUGGUGGAAUACCUGCCAGUUGGACAAAUCGGACACCAAUGACUCCAACACAGAGGAAGAUGAGGAGGAACUUGCAAGGAGGAGGCGGUUAUCUAUAAACCUAAAUCAGACUCUGCGGACCAGGCAGCUGCUUGUAGACUUUGAUGGUGGCCGACCUAUUUUGAGUCUCAGAGCACCGCUGGACCUGGUUAACUUCCCAUCUAUCUGCUGCCCCCGUUGGCCCAUAGAGUGUGAAGUCAUCACCGACAUUAUCCAUCACAUAGAGUGGGAGCCCCCAGAGCCAGAACCUUUCUACCAGCCCACAGGACAUGAGAGGACACCUACGCCAGUUGGAGAGGAGAUGGGGAAAGUGGUAUACUGCAGUGACCAUGCCACUAAGCGUCCCUAUUUCACCUGCUCUCGUGUUGGAGGAUGCAGGGUGCCGAUUAAGAGCACCACUUCUCAUGACAUCAACCAGACAGACUUCACCCUUGAGUUUGAGUCACGCUUUGAGAGUGGGAACCUUCAGAAGGCUGUGCAAGUGGGUGUCUAUGAGUACGAGCUCACCCUACGCACAGAUAUGUACACCAGAAAGCAUACGCAGUGGUUUUACUUCAGGGUCAGGAACAUGAAGGCUGGGGUGAACUACCGCUUCACUAUCAUCAACUUAAUGAAGAGCAGCAGCCUGUAUUCUCAGGGUAUGAGACCACUCCUUUACUCUGAGAGGGCAGCCAAGGAGAAAGGUGUUGGAUGGCAGCGCACCGGCUCCAAUAUCAAAUACUACCGUGACUGCAACCAGAAUACAAGGGACAACAAUGGCGACACAAAUGCCCUGUACUCACUCACCUGGACUCUCCAGUUCCCUUGUGACUCGGACACCUGCUACCUGGCCCACUGCUAUCCCUACACCUAUUCACACCUGCAGCGCUACCUUAGGCGCAUUUCUUCCAACCCAGCAGUUGCAUCUUAUUGUACACUGCGGGUGCUGUGCCACAGCCUUGCUGGGAAUGCUGUGUAUGUGGUGACAAUAACGUCCCGGGAGGGCAGCAGGGUGGAGGGCAGGACCAAGAAGGCUGUUGUGGUGACGGCCCGAGUGCACCCUGGAGAAACCAACUCGUCCUGGAUGAUGGAGGGGUUUCUAGACUUUCUGCUCGGGUACUCAGAAGAUGCCCAGCUGCUCAGAGACACUUUUGUUUUUAAGGUGGUACCGAUGCUGAACCCAGAUGGUGUGGUGGUAGGCAAUUACCGCUGCUCUCUGGCAGGCAGGGACCUCAACAGAAAUUACAAGACAUUGCUCAGGGAUUCCUUUCCCUGUGUGUGGCACACCCGAAACAUGGUGGAAAGGCUGAUGACUGAGACAGAUGUUGUUCUUUACUGUGACUUUCAUGGCCACAACCGUAAAAACAAUGUCUUCAUGUACGGUUGUAACAACCGAGGUGAUGCUUCGCAGAAGCUUCAUGAGAGAGUCUUUCCGCUAAUGAUGAGUAAGAAUGCCAGUAACAAGUUCUCCUUUAAGAGUUGUAAGUUCCGGGUGCAGAAGAGCAAAGAGGGAACAGGACGAAUCGCCAUGUGGAGACUUGGCAUCAAAAACAGCUACACUAUGGAGGCCACCUUCGGAGGAUCCACUCUGGGUGACAGGAGAGGAACACAUUUUGCUACUGGAGACCUGAAGUCCAUUGGCUUUUGCUUUUGUGACACCCUGCUGGACUACUGUGACCCUGAUCCAACAAAGACCACUUACUGUCUGACAGAGCUGGCAGCGUUGCUGAGAAAGGAGGUCAGAGAGAGAAUGGGCAAAGAUCUGGGCACUGACUGUAACAUCUCUGUGUCAGGCCUGGAAACCAGCACCAGUGGUUCAAAUAGUUCAGAUUCUGACGGACUCCCAGUGCAUUUACUGAACCAGACUGCCCAACCAGAGAAAAGUGCAUUGAAGAAGAAAAAGAAACGCUUGAGGAGUCAUAAAGAGAGGAACAGGCUGCGACCAGAGAGAGCGAAGAGUAACACACAGCCAAAGGUCCUGCAAAGCAACAUCAAAAAUAUUGAGUCCAACCUACCCCAUGAGGACACAGUUAAGGACAGCAUUCAAGAGAGGCCUGUUGGAAGACACAGGCAGAAAUGGCAGGUAAACGGCCUGAUAAGAAAAGCUGUUAUCCCUCCUUCCACCACUCACACUGGGGAGGUCAGCCAGGUGACUCUGUGGCAGGGCUGCGAGCCUGUCAAGGACAACUGUCUGGAAAACAUGAAAGCUGCAUUCCUGCGUCGCAGGGCAAAAGCCUGUCCACAUCUCGGCACAUACACAGGUGACCCAGGGAUGGAUACAGGACACUGGAGAUGCUCCUCUCAGAUGUUGCACCUGAGCGCUCUCCUUCCAUCUUCACCGAAUUUCAUUCAUUCCAACCAGCAACUGCAUCACUGCCCCAGACAAUCCCUCAUCUCCUAUAAUGUCUACAGAGGGCUGCCGCCUUCCCUUACGGCGCCCCACAGGUCUCCCUCAUCCAUGUGUGUCAUGAUGGUUCCAGACAUUAUGCCAACAAAGCGCUUGGUGUCAUGUUUCACCGCUGACAAGUUCAACGGCCGGCAUAUUUUUAGAGACAGAAGAUCUUUACGGGUCUCAGAGCGUUACUUUGUGCCUAAGAAUUCCUCCACCUCACACGCAGACACAACCAAGACCAAACGGCAGAAUGUGGAGCACGAAGAAGAUUCCUCAGAAGUGGGUUUGUCACUGGUGAGAUGUAUACCAUUUGGAGAGCAGAACCAGAGAGAUCUUCGUCUUGACAUCCCCACGAGAGAAAUAGAAUCACGCAGCAAUUUAUUUGUGCCUGUGCUGAGGAGUGCAGACCUAAGAGAAAAACGACUGUGCAAAGAGACUUUGGGGGACAAAAGGCACCUCGGUGUGUUAUUCCCUCCAUCAAAGCCUUCAAGCCUCAUGAAGAUGGAACUUGCACGUCCACAGAGUGACACUCUCGCUAGGCUUCAGGCGAAGGACAUCAGGCCUUAUCACUCUGGAAGAGAAAGCCAAAUGACUAAGGCUCCAGUGGUCAAAAGAUCAUCACAGUCUGCCCCACUGUAGGGCACAAUAUUUCUAAUCUCUCUGUUGUCUGGCCAGUGACGUAAACCUCAGGUGUUAAACGACAGAUAUGCUGGGACAAGAUGUUUAUUACCUUACUCACACACACAUCAUGACACAGCUCAAACUGCAUACAGACAGAAGUGAAACCCUCUAGUAAUAGUUUUUGAAAAUAGCUCCUAGUUUGAUGGUUAAUUAUGUGUCCCCUUUAAAAUUGUGAUGUAAUAUAAAACAGAUUUCUGCAUAAUGUUGACAGUGGUAAUCUACUUUCUGCAGUGUUGAUAUUGUCUUUAUGCUUGGAGAGUACACCGACACAAAGUCUGUGGUGCAUUACAUUAGCUGUCUGAUAAAUGAGACACAAGCUGCUGCUUUU